AUGACGCACCUGACCUUUCUGGACUUGAGCCGCGACAGCGGACUGACGGACGCCAGUGCGGAGAGGGUGACCUGCAUUCUUGUCAACACAGAGGUGGAGACGGUGCGGCUGGUCCGCACCUCACUGAGCGAAAGUGGAGGCCAAGUGAUCACAGCUGUGGCGGCCAAUACGACUACCCAUGUCAGCUGCGAGCUGCCCUUCACGGUUGGCAGUACCGUCUUGGAAGACAUCAAGACCAGCACGCGGCGCAACCGUGCCCAUCGUUUCAUACUAGGAAACGCCACCACGCACUACACAGGUCUCUCUCUCUCUGUGUGUGUGAACGUGUAUGUACGCCACACAGAGGUGACGCAUCCCUCUUUUUCCUCUUUUUCGGAGAGGGGGGCAGAGUCAUACUUGAAGAGACGCCUCCAACUGAAGAGUACCACUUGUGCAAACCUCUGA